UCAUCGUCCUCAACAAGGGAAAGUCCAUCUUCCGCUUCUCAGCCACCCCUGCCCUCUACAUGCUGGGGCCCUUCCAUCCCAUCCGCCGAGGAGCCAUCAAAGUCCUCAUCCAUUCAUUGUUCAGCAUGUUCAUCAUGAUCACCAUCUUAACCAACUGCGUGUUCAUGACGAUGAGCAACCCCCCAGCGUGGUCCAAGAACGUGGAAUACGCCUUCACUGGGAUCUACACCUUCGAGUCCCUCAUCAAGAUCCUGUCUAGAGGGUUCUGCAUCGAUGACUUCACAUUCCUGCGUGACCCGUGGAACUGGCUGGACUUCAUGGUCAUCUCCAUGGCCUACAUCACUGAGUUCGUGGACCUGGGGAAUAUCUCCGCUCUCAGGACCUUCCGUGUCCUCCGUGCCUUGAAGACCAUCACGGUGAUACCAGGGCUGAAGACCAUCGUGGGGGCCCUGAUCCAGUCGGUGAAGAAGCUCUCGGACGUGAUGAUCCUCACCGUGUUCUGCCUGAGCGUCUUCGCCCUCAUCGGCCUCCAGCUCUUCAUGGGCAACCUGCGCCAGAAGUGUGUGCGGUGGCCACCACCCAACAGCACCUUCCUGGAGGACCUGGGGCUGGACAAUGACACCUGGGACAACUCCACCUUCUACGACUUCAUGGACAGCUUCACCGGCAACUUCACCGAUGACUUAACUGGGAAUUUCACGGGGAACUUCACCAGUAACAGCACGUUUGACUUCGAGGCCUACAUCAAUGAUGAAGCCAAUUUCUACUUCCUGGAGGGAGCCCUUGAUGCCCUGCUCUGCGGGAACAGCAGCGAUGCCGGGAAGUGCCCCGAGGGCUACGAGUGCAUGAAGGCGGGGAGGAACCCCAAUUAUGGCUACACCAGCUACGACACCUUCAGCUGGGCCUUCCUGGCCCUGUUCCGCCUCAUGACCCAGGACUACUGGGAGAAUCUCUUCCAGCUGACRCUGAGGGCAGCGGGGAAGACCUACAUGAUCUUCUUCGUGGUGGUCAUCUUCCUGGGCUCCUUCUACCUCAUCAACCUCAUCCUGGCCGUGGUAGCCAUGGCUUACGCCGAGCAGAACGACGCCACCAUGCUGGAGGAGCAGCAGAAGGAGGAGGAGUUCCAGCAGCUCUUGGAGCAACUGAAGAAGCAGCAAGAGGAGCAGGAAAGGAUGUUGCAGGAGCGCACGUCCAGCAGCGAUUCCCUGCCCAGCAGCGUGGCCACCAAGGGGCUGGACUCGGACCUCAACAGUGACCAGGACAAGGCCAAGGACUGCAAUGGGCAGGUGGUGCCCAAGAUCACCCUGCAGAGAUCCGACACCGUCAUCGACUUCAACCCCACCUACGAGCCUGAGAAGCCGGACCUCAACCACCUCACCGUGGGCAACCAGGACGGGCCAGGGCUGGACAAGAGGGUGGGAAGCGCCAUCAGUGUCAUCUCCAACGCUGUGGAAGAGCUGGAGGAAGCUCACCAGAAGUGCCCGCCCUGGUGGUACAAAUUUGCCCACACCUUCCUGGUGUGGAACUGCUGCCCUCCGUGGGUGAAGCUGAAGGAGUUUGUCAAGCUGGUGGUGAUGGACCCCUUCGUGGACCUGGGCAUCACCAUCUGCAUCGUGCUCAACACCCUCUUCAUGGCCAUGGAGCACUACCCCAUGACCGAGGAGUUCGAGAAUGUGCUGAGCGUGGGCAACCUGGUGUUCACCGGGAUCUUCACGGCUGAGAUGGUGCUGAAGCUCAUCGCUCUGGAUCCCUACGAGUAUUUCCAGCAGGGCUGGAACAUCUUCGACAGCUUCAUCGUCACCCUGAGCCUGGUGGAGCUGGGCUUGGCCAACGUGCAGGGGCUCUCCGUGCUCCGCUCCUUCCGCCUGCUCAGGGUGUUCAAGCUGGCCAAAUCCUGGCCCACCCUCAACAUGCUCAUCAAGAUCAUUGGCAACUCCGUUGGUGCCUUGGGCAACYUGACGCUGGUGCUGGCCAUCAUCGUCUUCAUCUUCGCCGUGGUGGGGAUGCAGCUCUUCGGCAAGAGCUACAUCGAGUGCGUGUGCAAGAUYUCGGUGGAUUGCACCCUGCCCCGCUGGCACAUGAAUGACUUCUUCCACUCCUUCCUCAUCGUCUUCCGCAUCCUGUGCGGCGAGUGGAUCGAGACCAUGUGGGACUGCAUGGAGGUGGCCGGCCAGACCAUGUGUCUCAUCGUCUUCAUGAUGGUCAUGGUCAUCGGGAACCUCGUGCCUGAAUCGCCGUCCCUGCAGAACCCCCUGUCCAGUGACAACGCCUCCUCCGUGUGCAGCACCGUGGAUUACAAACCCCCCGCGCCCGAGGAGGAGGAGGUGGCCGAGGUGGCCGAGGAGAGCAACGAGCCCGAGGAGUGCUUCACUGAAGCCCACAAAGCCAAGGGGAACCAAAACCAGGAGCUGAUCAGGUCCAUGGAACCUUCAAACCCCACACUGAUCAGGAACAUGGAUAAAUGCCAUUUAUCCAUUUAUCAAGCUGCCAACUCCCAAGCCCUGGGAAUGCAGGGAGAUGCCAGCGCUUUCGAGGACAUCUACAUCGAGCAGCGCAAGGUGAUCCGCACCAUCCUGGAGUACGCCGACAAGGUCUUCUCCUACAUCUUCGUCAUCGAGAUGCUGCUCAAGUGGGUGGCAUACGGCUUCAAGGUGUACUUCACCAACGCCUGGUGCUGGCUGGAUUUCCUCAUCGUGGAUGUGUCCCUGGUCAGYCUGACGGCCAACUGGAUGGGCUACUCGGAGCUGGGAGCCAUUAAAUCCCUGCGGACGCUGCGGGCCCUGCGACCCCUGCGCGCUCUGUCCCGCUUYGAGGGCAUGAGGGUGGUGGUGAAUGCCCUGCUGGGCGCYAUCCCCUCCAUCAUGAACGUGCUGCUGGUCUGCCUCAUCUUCUGGCUCAUCUUCAGCAUCAUGGGCGUCAACCUGUUCGCGGGCAAGUACUACCGCUGCGUCAACACCACCACRGGCGAGCUCUUCGACAUCGACGUGGUCAACAACAAGAGCGACUGCAUGGCCCUGCUCCACACCAACGAGGUCAGAUGGGUCAACGUCAAGGUCAACUUCGACAACGUGGGCUUGGGAUACCUGUCGCUGCUGCAGGUGGCCACCUUCAAAGGCUGGAUGGACAUCAUGUACGCGGCCGUGGACUCGCGUGAGAUUGAGGAGCAGCCACAGUACGAGAUCAACCUCUACAUGUACAUCUACUUYGUCAUCUUCAUCAUCUUCGGCGCCUUCUUCACCCUGAACCUCUUCAUUGGCGUCAUCAUCGACAACUUCAACCAGCAGAAGAAGAAGUUCGGAGGCAAAGACAUCUUCAUGACAGAGGAGCAGAAGAAAUACUACAACGCCAUGAAGAAGCUGGGCUCCAAGAAACCCCAGAAGCCCAUCCCCAGGCCAGCGAACAAAAUCCAAGGCAAGGUCUUCGACUUCGUUACCAAGCAGGUGUUUGACAUCACUAUCAUGAUCCUGAUUUGUCUGAACAUGGUGACCAUGAUGGUGGAGACAGAUGACCAGAGCGAGCUCAAAACCUCCGUCCUCUACAAGAUAAACCUGGUCUUCAUCGUCAUCUUCACCGGCGAGUGCGUGCUCAAGAUGUUUGCCCUGCGCUACUACUACUUCACUGUGGGCUGGAAUAUCUUUGACUUCGUGGUGGUCAUCUUCUCCAUCCUAGGUAUCGUCCUCUCGGACAUCAUCGAGAAGUAUUUCGUGUCCCCCACGCUCUUCAGGGUGAUCCGGCUGGCGAGGAUUGGCCGCGUGCUCCGGCUGAUCCGCGGCGCCAAAGGCAUCCGCACGCUGCUCUUCGCCCUGAUGAUGUCCCUGCCUGCCCUGUUCAACAUCGGCCUCCUGCUCUUUCUCGUCAUGUUCAUCUACUCCAUYUUCGGCAUGUCCAACUUYGCCUACGUCAAGAAAGAGUCGGGCAUCGACGACAUCUUCAACUUCGAAACCUUCGGCAACAGCAUCAUCUGCCUCUUCCAGAUCACCACGUCGGCGGGGUGGGACGGGCUCCUCAACCCCAUUCUCAACAGUGGGCCCCCGGACUGCGACCCCGAGCUGGAAAAUCCUGGCAGUUCAGUGAAAGGUGAUUGUGGCAACCCAUCCAUCGGCAUCUUCUUCUUCUGCAGCUACAUCAUCAUCUCUUUCCUCAUCGUGGUCAACAUGUACAUCGCCAUCAUCCUGGAGAACUUCAGCGUGGCCACGGAGGAGAGCAGCGAGCCCCUCUGUGAAGAUGACUUCGAGAUGUUUUACGAGACCUGGGAGAAGUUUGACCCUGACGCCACCCAGUUCAUCGCCUACAGCACCCUGUCGGACUUUGUGGACACCUUGCAGGAGCCGCUCCGAGUUGCCAAGCCCAACAAGAUCAAACUCAUCACCAUGGAUCUGCCAAUGGUCGCCGGGGACAAAAUCCACUGCCUGGACAUCCUCUUUGCCCUGACAAAGGAAGUGCUGGGAGACUCGGGCGAGAUGGAUGCCCUGAAGGCCACCAUGGAGGAGAAGUUCAUGGCUGCCAACCCCUCGAAGGUGUCCUACGAACCCAUCACCACCACCCUGAAGAGAAAGCAGGAGGAGGUCUGUGCCACCAAGAUCCAGAGGGCUUUCCGCAGGUACCUCCUGAGGCGCUCAGUGAAGCAGGCGUCCUACAUGUACCGGCACAGCCAGGACACCCUGGGCGACGACGCGCCCGAGAAGGAAGGGCUGAUCGCCACCAAAAUGCAGCAGAUCUACGGGACCCCUGGGACAGAGGUGGAGACAGCCCCUGCCCUGGCCCUCGAGCCCAUUCCUGGCUCAGAGACGCCCCGGGAAGCUCCCGAGGAAUCUCCAGGCUGGGACAAGGGACGUGUGGUGAAAGAGUCACUGGUGUAGCACGAUGGGCUCCCACUGCCGGCCCAGCCCGAAGAGACUUCCUCUGCAUUUCCUGCUCAAAGCUCUUCCAUGCACAGAUCUCUAGAUCUUAGAUAUUGAGCUAAUUUCACAUAGUUCAAGCAGCCACCUUGACUUUCCAAGCAGGAUCUCCUCCUGAUCCUGGGUUUUACAGCCCACUGCACUUGCAAAGAGUUUAAUUCUUUUYUUCUGAUGGGAACUCAAAAUGUGAAAUGUGUUGUCAGUGAAAGAGAAACGAGUUGGUUUUGAAAUUAUCUCAUCACAGCAGCGAUGGUUUUCAGACGUGAACAGAAGAGUAUGGUYGUCCUUUCACUCAGAGUAAUUAUUUAUUAAUGUUAUUUCACUAUUAAGAGAUUUUCUUCUAUUUUAUUCUUCCAGAGUGCAGCCAAGCAACCAGUGAAAGAUGAGCCAAGUGAAAUAAUAUUAAGAAUAAUUACAGAAAGCACAAGGUUUUCUGAACAAAAAAAAUAUCUCCAAAGUCUUAAAGCAGCACCUUUCUUUUGAACCUCUGAAUAAGCUUGAUGAUUAUUUUUUGUUACAUACAAGAGAAAGUGCAAUUAUGUCUUAAAAAAUUGGUUUGCAAAAAGCCAAAGCAUCUGCAGAUUUGUUCUCAGGGUUAAAUAUCAGGCUUUCAAGGUCUCUGAAUAUGCAUUGAAGCUAGAAAUCGUUCAGGUCUCUGCAGGACGAAUGUAAACGUUAUUUAUGGUCAGGUUUUACUCCGUUUUCCUGUUUCCAUCCAGGUCUUGUGGCAGGAAAGCCAUGGGCAAAGGUAGAGUUUGGAAAAGGUCCUCCCAGAGUCACCAGUCUGUGGGACAAAACUCUCCGGGAUUGGGACAAAACACUCCAGGAUAGGGACAAAACUCUCCAGUUGUUGUUUGUUUUUUUUUUCUAGCCCUGUUGCAAGAGGAGCCAUCCCACUGGAGUGCUCUUGGUUGGUGUUGCCAUGUACUCUUCAUUAGUCUUAAUUAAUGAGAUGGAUCCCCAGGGACUGGGGCUUUGAGUGAUCCUUCCCACGAGCUGCUUUAGGGGUGCCUUAAAUCCCACCCAARCCCCAGGUGUCUCCGUGCAAUAAACGCUCCCACUGGGGUGGGAAUCCUGAAAUUCCUGGGCAGAGCAUCCUCCCCGAGGCUGGAGCUGCAGAGAGGCCCCGGUGGCACAUUCAGGGUGCUCCAGGCAGGUCCUCAGCAGGAAAGCUCCGGACAGAGGAGCCUUUUCACGGGGGAAAAUGGGAUUUUCUGCUCUUUACAUCAAAAAAGAAGGAAACCAAGGAAAAAUGGCCCUGGCACAGAGCAGCUGCAGCUGCCCUGUCCUUGGAAUGUCCAGGUUGGACAGGGCUUGGAGCACCCUGGGAUAGUGGAAGGUGCCCUGCCCAUGGCAGGGGUGGCACUGGGUGAGCUUUGAGGUCCUUCCACCCCAAACCAYCCUGGGAUUCUGUGAAAAAAGGCCCCAAUUUGAGCUCUGACCCCUUUCUGCCUUCCAAAGGGAAUUUAAAAAACCCCACUUGAGAUCAAACACAAACCAAAACCUCUUCCAGUUCAAACAAGGGCUGUUCCUGAAGCCAAAGGCUCUGUCUUUUUGUAUUGUGAUGGUUCUCUCCUCCUCUGGGGCCGCUUUGGGAGCUGCGGGCUGGCUGGGAGCRGGGCUGAGCUCGGUUCGGACCCUGAGCCGCCAGCCUGGGGACAGAGCUGGGGACACUCGGCUCAGUCACUGGCCCUGUGCUGGUGUCUCCAUGAGGAUGCUCCCUGGAGCCGCAGCCGCCGGCGUUUCCUUGGGCAGCAUCCCCGGCUCGGCGGCCCCAGCCCGGAUCGUGGCUCACGGUCGAUGCUGCUUCUCCGUUUGUGUCGUCGGGGCUGGGGAAAUGCCCCCGAGCAGGGUUUGUGUGAGCUAAAGCCGAUUUUCUUUGUACAUUUCUUAAAAUAAACCACUGUA